CCAUAUUCCUCUAGUUUAUUUUAAUAAGCUUGUUUUUGCCUCUAUGCGCUGAGAUGAGAACUACAAAAACCACAUCCGGGACGCCGGGAACCGGUCGCCGAACGUGAUUCUGCACCGCCACAGGCAACCCAAAUAUUGCUUCAUUCUCAAAGCGAAUCUUGACACUUUCGAGAUGGGAAAACUCAAUAUCGCUCAUCACAAGUCAUAUCACCCAUAUAGACGAGACAACAUUGAAAGAGUUAGAAGGGACGAAGAAGAAGCUAGGAAGAAGGAGGAAGAAGAGGAAGGGCGCAUGCUACUUGCGGAUUCAGAAGCUCGGAUCGAUCUGUUGCGACAGCAUGCCAGGAUUUCCGACGGCCCCAGCUCAAAAAAACGGGAAGCUCGUCGGAAAGAUGAGGCUGACAUGAAACGGAUAUCUGAAGGCACUCAGGGACUCGUACGCUCGCGGGAAGCUGACGAAAUUACCAGUCUCACCACUCUAAAUGGUCAUAUCAAUCUUUUUGCAUCUCUUGAGACCGCCCUCACUAGUCAACAGUUGCAACUCGUCGAGAAGAAGAAAAAGGAGAAAGAAAUGGCGAAGGAAGAAGACAGAGGCGCACCUUUGGCUCCUGAUGCCAAUGAUCUGAAACCCUGGUAUAUCGACAAGGACCUUAAAGGUGGGAAGCAAAGGGAAGCAGAAAAGGAUGAACAAAUCCAUCAGCAAAGGGUAUUGAAAGAAAUGGCCAUUAAAUCCUCGUCAGACCCCCUAAAAUCCAUGAAUGCUCAUCUCGCCCGUCGAGCUGAAAUUCUUGAUUCAUCGUCAUCCAAGUCUGCAUCGAUAUCACAUGCACCGAAUCGAGCUGCACCAUCCCACAUCAUUCCUUCUUCCUCGGAUCCAUUUGUAAACGAACGCCUGUCACGGGAAUCGAAGGAAAGGGCUCGAGCCCUAGAACUUAUCGCUCGACGCAAACGUGAGAUGGAAGGCGAAAUGAGUAGUGUCGCCGCAACACCAAGGGAGUAUACGGAUGUAUACAACGCAAGGGAGGUGCAUGAAGCUCGUGAGAGCCGGCGGGGUGGCGCGUGGCGCGAUCGGAGAUGGAAUGAGGAUGAGGAUGAUGCUCGACGUACCGAUAGGAGAAGAGAUCGUUAUUCUGAUUCUGACGGGAGUAGACGUCGAUAAUACUCUUGACUCACGCCAGAUCUAUCGGACUUGCCGCAACCUAUGUUUCGGCUGUUCCAUUGCACCCGGCCAUGCCCCUGAUAUAUAUUGAACAAAGCGCCUCCGCCGAUCAUCUUUAGUCUUUCGAAUGCUGCCCUGGCGGUAUCAUCUCUCGACUGAUCCUCGUCCGACAAUCCCUUCAC